AUGCUAGGCGUUGGUCGUCGGAGGCUUUUGAUCUCCGAGAAGGCAUGCGAAGCAUCGGCAGGCACUCGGAAAAGAUCGGUGUUGUUUCGAGCUGCUGCGGUUCUUAUCAUUCAGCGCUUUGGGCUUGGGUCAAAUGGGGUCUUUGCCGACGUGGGCGAAGGGCCCCAUGUGUUGAUUGGGUUGGACAUGGGAGGUUCUGAAAAUCGCGGUAGACCUCGAUCUGGCGAGAGAACUGUUCAUCCCAUGCUCCUGAAGAAGGAAGCACCAGAUGUUGAGAUAUAUGAUAUACCUCCCAGCAGAGGACCACAUGGACCCCCAAAACCACUGGCUUGGUCUUGGGAACAUGGUCGGUCCAAACCAUGA